CUGCUCCCGUCACUGUGCAGGCUGGGUGUCGACAAGUCACCGAAAACAUCACCAUGGACCAGCAAUCCGGCGCGGCCCAAGGCCAGACGUCAAUAUUCUCUUUUGCGAGCAUCAUUUGGCUGGUUGUGGCUUGGAUCGGCUAUCGAAUCGCAAUCGCGCUUUACAACAUCUCGCCUCUUCACCCCCUCUCCCGAUUUCCAGGCCCUAAGAUUGCUGCUGCAUCCUACCUCUACGAAGCCUACUACGACUGGUGGCUUGUCGGGCGCUAUGGUAAAGUCAUCUCGCGUAUGCACGAGAAGUAUGGCCCAAUCGUGCGCAUCAACCCCGACGAACUACACUGCUCCGACCCCGCCUUCACAGACGAGAUCUACGCUGGACCGGGACAUGUUCGAGACAAAUGGCAGCACCAGCUGAACACUGGUGGGGCUGGCCCUGUCUCGGUGACUGGAUUCUCCACGGUUAACCAUGAUCUGCAUCGUGCGCGAAGGGCGCCGCUGAACAAGUUCUUCUCGCGUCAGCAGAUGCUGAAAUUAGAAGGCGAGGUGCACGAAUUCGCAUCCAUGGUCGCAAAGAAGAUGCUCAGGUCAGCCGGCAAGGGUGAAUUCGAUGUCAAGGAAGCGUUCAACUGCUACACAGCCGAUGUCAUCUCUCAGUAUGCUUUUGGUGAGCCCAUGGGAUUUGUGGCGCAAGAAGGUUGGGAGCCCAACUUCGCCACAUGGGUCAAGUCGUUCUUCAAGAGUGCCUACAUGAUGCGCCACAAUGCCUUGGGCCGCAAGAUGGCCCAAGUGCUUCCCUUCAUGGCCGACUAUCUGGGCGAAGACAUCAAGGCAGUAAUGAAGGUCAUGAACGUGACAAUUCCACAGUACGUCGCGCAGGCGCUGAAAAAUCCCGAUAACGGACGUGUUUUUGCCGAAGUCAUGGGUAAAGAUAAGUCCAUGUCGGAAGAAGAGAAAUACCGGUACAAUGGCGAGGGCUUUAAUUUCCUGCUUGCGGGUACUGAAACAACUGCUGCCAUUCUCACCGUCUUUACCUACUGGGCCCUCGCCAAGCCAGAGAUUAAUCAAAGGCUGGCAUCUGACCUUGCACAAGCCGGUAUUAGCACACAGAAUCUCAAAUGGGUUGAGCUUGAAAAGGUUCCUUAUUUCUGGGCCGUGUUGCAAGAGUGUCUGCGCAUGAUGCCUGGCGUAUCGCAUCGGUCGGCCAGAAUCGCGCGUGAAGAGGACUUGCACUACAUUUCGGCAGACGGAAAGACGGACUUUGUGAUUCCUCGGGGCACACCCAUUGGCAUGACAUCCAUGAUCAACCACUGGAACACUGAGCUUUUCCCCGAUCCAGACGAAUUCCUUCCUGAACGCUGGCUACUGGAGGAUGGUACGCAGAACUAUUCGCUGCAGAAGAAGCUGAUUGCGUUUGGAAAAGGCAGUCGCGCAUGCAUUGGCGAGCAGCUGGCAUACUGUGAGCUUUACAUCAUGUGCGCAUAUAUGGUGCUAGAUGUUCAUCCUAGGGCCAAACUGGUUGAUACCGUCAAGGAUGACAUUUCAUAUGACCACGACUUGAUCGUGGCACAGACGACCAAGGGUUCAAUUUCUGUUCGCAUCGCUGUGAAGUAGGUAAAUACUUGGGUCGUGACGGCGCGGAGGAGCCCGUCACCACUGUACUAGUUGUGUUGAUGGAUUGAAUAAGCAACAUCUGAUUCUUGCGCGAACGGCGAGUCGAAGCCGGGAUUGCAGAAGAGUGCAUGGUGUGCUGGAAUGAGAGGGCAGUUUGUGUAGUGGGGUGUGUGAAGGAGGCAGGAGCGACUAAUUUGGUGGUUGACGAUUUUCCUGUAGGCUUCUUGGCAAGGGAGACGCAGCACCGUUGGGUGCGAAGAUAGGGAGUGAUCUUUGGCGCCACAGAAGCAUAGCAUGCAAUGUUCUGCAAGUUAUUCGCGGUGAUCGACCAGCGAGCAUUAUGAGCAAGGUCCUGAUUUGUGUAACAUCGUGCCACCAAUGGAAUGCAGGCCCAUCUGCCAGGGUCAUUGUCCUUUUUUAUGCAACCAUUGGCACAGAUUCAAGCG